CUAAGUUGUUCUCCCCUCGUUCCCUUCAACUUUUUUGCUCGACACGUUCAAGCUGCUAGAAAUAUUGAAAUUAAUUAAAAUCACUGUCUAAAGAUGGCUUUCGGUGACGUAAAAAGUGCUAAAGGAUUGACUGAAUUGAACAACUUCUUAGCCGAUAACUCAUACAUUGUCGGAUAUGCACCAUCCAAGUCUGAUACAAGUGUUUUUGAUGCAUUAGGAAAAGCCCCAUCAGACGAAUAUGCCAAUAUUGCACGUUGGUAUCGUCAUAUUUCAAGUUUCGCAGCAAAUGAACGUAAUGGAUGGGCUGGAAGUGCAGUUCCUCAAGUUUCCGGCGGAACCACAACCACAGCACCAAAAGCAGCUGCUGCCGACGAUGAUGAUGAUGUAGAUUUGUUCGGAUCAGACGAGGAAGAAGAUGCAGAGGCUGAAAAACUCAAGGAAGAACGAGUAAAGGCUUAUGCUGAUAAGAAAUCCAAAAAACCCGCACUUAUUGCUAAAUCUUCAAUCUUAUUGGAUGUUAAGCCUUGGGAUGAUGAAACAGACAUGAAAGCAAUGGAAGACAAUGUUCGUACAAUUGUUAUGGAUGGACUUCUUUGGGGAGCCAGUAAAUUGAUUCCAUUGGCCUACGGUAUUAAGAAAUUGCAAAUUAUGUGUGUCAUUGAAGACGAUAAAGUCUCUGUCGAUGAAUUGACUGAAAAGAUUGAAGCAUUCGAAGAUGUUGUCCAAUCAGUUGAUAUUGCUGCUUUUAACAAGAUCUAAGCAUCAAAUCUUAUUAUUUUCUUGUCCUUUAUGUCUUCUGAAACUGUUGAGGAAAUAAAAAGUUCGUACUUUUUCCAUU